AUGGACAAAUUGCUAAAAACAAUGAAUUUGAUAAAUCAAUGUUUGGGCGUCAGAUAUUUGUCCACCAGCAUCAAUAAUUUAACUAAAUAUUUGACAAACCCUGUCUACGGAUCUUUGGAGGUGCAGCGCACUGAGAUGCUCAAUGGCAUCAAAGUUGCGGCUGCGAAACGCCUAGGCGCUCAAAUAACCGCUUGCACUAUUAUGUUUCAGGCUGGCUCGCGCUAUGAACAGGACAAUAAUCUUGGCGCUACCCACUUCAUACGGGCAAUGUCGGCGUCGUCGGGAUGCGCAUACACGGGCUACGGAAAAAUGAGACUGUUGCAUCAGCGUGGGGCCUUCCUGACCUGCACCUCAGAUCGUCAGAGCAUGGCGUUUACUUUACGCUGCACGAUAGAUGAUUUCCCAGAGUUAAAAUACUAUCUGCUCGACACGGCAGUCAGAUGCUGCUUCCAUGAAUGGGAAGUCACCGACAUUAAGCCUUUUAUAAAAGACAAUCUCUUGAGAAUCCACCCUGAACAGCGUGUUCUGGACCUCCUCCAGAGAGCGUUCUGGGCCGGCCCACUUGGUAACUCGGUGUUCUGUGAAGAGUCCAGGGUUGAUGGCAUGCUGGGGACCUACCUAAAGGACUUUGUGAAGAACUUCAGAAGCGAUCGUUGUUCUGUUACCAGCGUGGGGUUGCCCUAUGAGGAGACUCUGAAGUUGGCAGAGACUAUCGAGUUUAUCCAAGAUAAAUCUUGCGCUCGACAAAUCGGUGCUUCAUUUCCACGCGCGGGCUUUGAAUAUUAUGACCUGGGGCGAGACAGUGACGUCUGGAUCGCUCUGGCGGUACCGGGCUGCGGGGCGUAUGAUAUGAGCUCUCUGUUCAAACAUUCAAUAGUGGCUGCGGCGUGCGGGGUCGGCCACGCGCAAGUCGGCCAGCACCGCCUCGACCACAUCGCACAGGCUCCGCUUGGUCUUCUGACUAAAGAUAUUUACACAGAGUUCAGGGCUUUUAAUAUCUCGUACAUGGAGUGUGGGAUUUUUGGUAUAUUAGCAAAAACACGUGCCUGUUCGGCUGGACAGGUGGCGCGCUUGGCUGCUAAGUUCCUUUCGAAUGUUAAGGAACUGAACCCACAACAAAUAGAAGUCGGUAAAAGGCGUCUCAAACUUAAUAUCGCUAUCCAGGAAGAGGAUUGUGUUAAAGCAUCUGAAAGCUUGGCACUACAAGAAGCAAACAACAUACAGAUAGAUGGCUUACAUAGUUCGUUUCGUAUAAUAGAUUCCAUUAGCACAGAUGAAAUAUUGGAAACCGCCAGGGCGAUUUCAAGCAAAAAAAAGGGCAUGGCCAUUGCUGUUGUUGGGGACAUUGCAGCAGUUCCUCACGACAGAGAAUUAUUAGAAGAUAUAUAA